ACGAACCGGAACUCUACGACGCCCCAACCAUGAGCGACUUCUCUGUCCAAGGGCGCUCGGGGUCGGCCGGAGUGGAUGCAGUUGCCAUCUCCCCUGUCUGCGGCGUCGGAAGUGGCACGAGUCUGUGGCGUCGGAGUCGACGGUGGGACCGACUUCUUGGAUGUUGGUGAUGGUCGCGACGGGAGGGAGGUGUGGAGGGACCUGCGGCGGGAUCACCGGCUGCGGCGAGAGGAAUACAUCACACGGGGGGUGGAGCGUCUUCACAUGGGAGACCGGAAGAACGAGAACGAGACGGACGAUCCACCGGCGGAACCAGACGACGACGACGACGACGACGACAACGACGUAGAGUGUGGGGAAGGGGGGGGUGGUCACGCGUCGCCAUCGUUGCAGAGCAACAUGGCUGGUAAGGGUGGGAAGUCCAAGCCUCCUGGCCGCAAUGCUCGUCCGCGGACGAAGAAAGGGCAGGGAAAGGGGAGCGGUGGCGAAGGCGACGGUGAUGCGGAGGAGAAGCGCAACUUCUGGUCCGUGGAACACAUUAUACCCCUCAUAAGGGCUAAACGUGUCCAAGAUGCGCAUAUGCAGGGGAUGGGCCACGCAUACGCACGGAUGAAACCGCGGGAAUGGAAAUGGCAAGACGUCGCCCAAAGGUUGAAGAACGUCGGCGUGGACAGGAAUGCAGAGAAAUGCGGGAAGAAGUGGGACAAUCUAAUGCAGCAGUUCAAGAAAGUCCAUCACUUUCAAUCACCGUCAGGAGGUGCCGACUUUUUCCAGUUGACGUCGAAGGAGAGGGCGAGCAGGGGAUUCAAUUUCAUGAUGGAUCGCGCAGUUUAUUACGAGAUAGAGGGGUCGACUUGGAUGAACCACACCAUCCACUCGAAGAACGUGGCAGGCACCGGUGCAUCUGGCGGCGUGCGCCCGCCUUCGACGUCUUACGUGGAUCCUGAAUCGGUGGCGGACGGGGAAGGAGGUGUAGGGCGAGAAGACGAGGAGGAGGGGUCGACGCGAGGCUCUUCGCAGACGACGGGCACCCCCGGCGGUUCUGGGAAAAGGAAGAGCACGAGGCAGCAAACUUUCGAGGCGCUCACGGAAUGCAUGGAGAAACACGGGAGCUAAUGGCGUCGACGAUGGAGAGUGCAAGCAAGCGGCAAUGCUCUAUCCAGGUCCGGCAGUGCGAGGCGUUGGAAGCGGAGCUGGAAGUGCAAAGGAAGCACUAUGCCGCGUCAGACGAAGUCAACAAACUCAUGUGCCACGC